CCCCGAUAAGCCCGUUACAGUUGCAGGCGCGCUACUGCAUCUACUGCAUGACCUAAAACCUAAAAGCCCCAGACCUUCCCUAAGCUUUUUGUGCUGCGGGGGUUGUCGCCUUUUAUUUCAGCUCCAUUUUCAUUUUCAUUUUCAUUUUCAAACUUUUGACACCCCACUACGGAAUAAAUACAAAAACUCCCAAAUCUUUUCAAGACCCUAGGAACCAUGGCAGACACCAUAGAGGCAGUCGCGGAAAAUGACGGUUCAUUACAAAUGGCUUCCAGUGCUAAUGUCGGAGUUCAAUCCCAAGAAAAUCCAGAUGCGACAACGGAAGUUCAACCGUCCGCGGCUACCAUCACGAACAGUCCUGAAAAGCGCGGAGCGAAACGACCUUUCCAUGGCGAUUUUAGCGAGGAAGAAGGCGAUCAUAACGAUGGAGGAUCCAUAGAGGCUACCAACGGGACCGAUGCGCCGAAGUUGUCCAAGAACCAACAACGAAAAUUAAAACGUCAAAAAAUGUGGGAAGAAAAGAAGCAAGAAAAGAAAGUUCUACGUAAAGAGAAACGACACGAAAAGCAGGAAAAAAAGAGAUUGAAAAGAGAGGCUGAGAUUGCUGCCGCUGCUGCCGAAGGAAGAGAACCUGUGUUCCAAGAGCCAUCCAGGAGACAAUCUAAAUCCGCUACCAAAGUGCCUAUCACGGUUAUAUUCGACUGCCAAUUUGAGAAGUAUAUGAUGGGAAAGGAAUUACCAUCUUUGUCGAAUCAGAUCACUAGAUGCUAUUCUGAUAACAGGAAUGCCCAGUUCCCCGUCCAUAUGUUUAUUAGUUCAUAUGGCGGCCAGAUGAAGGAAAGACACGAGACCAUCCUUCAGAACCAGUUCAAGGGUUGGAAGAACGUCCAAUUCAUAGAAGGCGAUUUUAUCGAGGCUGCUGCCAAAGCCAAGGAGAUAAUGGCAAGUCCGUCUGGCGGCACCGUAAUCGACCUCCUUGCGCAAGGCAAUGACCGCGAUUCGGUUUCAUUUUCUGAGGUCAGCCAAGACUCCAAAAAGAAGCAGAAGACUACUCCGGUUGCCGAACCCGAGGCCGAUGAUGUAGACAAGUCCGUUGUCUAUCUGACUGCCGAUUCGCCCUAUACUCUCGAGCGUUUAGAGCCCAAUACCUGCUACGUCAUUGGUGGUAUAAUCGACAAAAAUCGCGAAAAGGGGCUAUGUUACAAGAUCGCACGAAGCAAAAAUGUCCGAACAGCAAAGCUUCCUAUUGGCCAAUACAUGGUCAUGCAAAGCCGCCAUAUCCUCGCCACAAACCACGUCAUGGAAAUAAUACUCCAGUGGUUGGAGACGGGAGACUGGGGCACUGCCUUCAUGAACGUCAUUCCUAUGCGAAAAGGAGGAAAGCUAAAGGAAGACGGAAAUGCCUCCGAUGUAGGCCUUGAAGAGCCAGAAACUGCGCAGGAGGAUGCCCAGGAUGCUCAGGAUCCCGUCCAAGUAGAAGGAGACAAUGCCGAAGAUGGCCUUGAAAAGAAUUCGUUGAGUCAACAACGAUGGUCAGCGCCACCGAUUGAACAAGAAGCAGAAGCAGAAGCAGAAGCACCCGUCGGCAACACUCUUAGCUGACUGAAAUAGCCUACUUCACUAACCACUACGUCUAACAGAUCUAUUUACCGAUUAGCAAGCAGCACAGCACCCUCCUUGUAACGCUACAUUCAUGCCCGCUUCAAGCGCUAUUGGGUAGGCUUGUCGCCUCCGUAGGAGUACCAAGCGACUACCAUCCUCGAGGUAUAUAUAAGACUCCAAAUUCAGGUCUUCCUGCUCUUACAUGUGCAAGUAUCUGAAUAUCUGAAUACAAUUCCGGAGAGCCAAGAUGUGUGC